GCGCUCCCGGUGAGGGACACACCAUGCCUGAAAAAUCCCACCACGCCGAAGCACUACCGGCCUAGCUAGCGCUAUGGCCUAUAAAUGGAGACCAUCGGGCAUCCAUGGCCAAGCCAUCAAAGCCCAAGCAAAAACACAUAGCAAAACCGGCAACCGGUCGCCACGAUGUUCCGACGUGCCAAGACCAAGGCGAUAGCCACACCACCCUCCGACGGCGAGGUGCGGGUGCAUAAGGUCGAGAAGAUCGAGCUCGUCCGCAACCUUGUGACCAAGCCAUCGAUGUACUCUGGCGCCAACGCGAUGGCAGCAUCAACCAUGAGGCGAGGUGCUGCCGGUCAUGGCACGGCCGCCACCACCGGUAAGGCUACGGGCGCCUCGAGGCCGGGCGUCGUGUCCAUAGAGGAUAUUAACAAGAGGUCUGAGGCCUACAUCCGGGAGAGGAAGAGGCUCUUCCAGGGCCUGAAGUAGGACGGUAUAUUUGGAGUCUUGGAGAUGAUCUUGCACUACUAUUGAUUUCGUCUACAUAGAUACACUGAUUAACGGAUGUAUGCAUGUGUGGAAUUUCCCCUCGACGGAAUGUAAGAUGUGCUACCUAUGUAAACGUGUUGUCGUGUGGUAUCGAUCCACUUGCCGCA